AUGACGAUUCCUCCAUCCUCCCAUACCGGUACCCCCAGCCCUUCCGCAUCAGACCCGACCAACACCCCGACCCCGACCUCAAACGGAAACCCUCCUCACCCCAAACAACGUCGAAGCUCCUAUCCCGGUCCUGGACGUACUCCCUCCCCGCUGACCACCACGAAUGGCGCUCGGAAGAAGAACGGGUCGACGCUGCUCAUGGCGGGGAACGCGCUCCAACUUCGACUCGACUCGGAUUCGGAAGUCGACGACGGGGAUGGGGAGGUUCCUGUGGGUGGUGCGACGACCGCCAUAAACCGCACCUACGCCCUCGUCGAGCCCGAACCCAGCCCUAACGCCAGCCAAAACCCAGACGCCCAUCCCCAGGAUGUCCCGAUCCCCGUCCUGCUCUCCCGCCCUCUAACACCCAACCCCGAGCACAGAGACCGACCACAGGAGGCCCCAACGACGUUGAACCGCGUGCGUUUCCACUCGCGCGUCCGUAUCGCGUCCGGACUACGUAAGAAACAUCAACAUACCCCGCACCCUUCUUCCUCUUCCACCUCAUCGGCGCCACCGUACCCCUCCCAAUCCCCCUCCACCCGUCCCCCCCUCACGCACUCCCACUCCCACCCAGCCCCGCACUCCCUCUCGCAUUCCCGUUCCCGUUCCCGCGAGGAGUAUACAAGUUCUUCUUCUUCGUCUCCCUCCUCCUCCAUCUCCGCGCCUCUGAGAAGCCAGCCCGACGAGAACACGCCGAGAGGGCCACUCGUCCAGCGUAUCUCGUUAUUAGCCGCGAAUGCGCUACAGAAGAGACAGGCGAAGAUGAGUUGGGCUGCUUCCACUCCCUCUAGCCAACAUGAACAUCCCGAUCCUGGUUCCGGUUCUACUUCACAUUCAUAUUCAUAUAAGUCGGAUGGGGCGGUGGCGGGAGAUGGAGAUAGGGACGGCUCAGGAGUGGGGGCAGAAGGAGAGAGGAUGGGGGUAGAAGGAGAGAGAACGGGAUCAGGAAUGGGCGAACGCACGCCCCUGACGCCGACGAGAGGCCGCUUACCCGCUGCUUAUGGAUCCAACAUCCGACGUGGAAGCCUAGGUGGGAGACGGAGGACGGUUUCCUACCCUGGUCCUGGUCCUGGGUCUGGGUCAAAUACUCACGCAUCUCAUGGGUCUGGGUCGAAUGGGACCGGAACGAGAUAUGGGCACGGGUAUGGAGGGUACGAAGACGAGGAGAACAGCGAGGAUGAAGAGGAGGAAUAUGUAUAUCCGGAAGAUGUGGGUGUGCGGAGGGUUGGGAUCUUACAAGCACAACGAUAUAGGCGGAGGAAUGGGGGUGGGAGUGGGAGUGGGAGUGGGAGGCGGCCGUUGUUGGCCCGGGGAGCGGGGGAGGAGCGGGAUGGAGAGGAAGGAGAGGAGGAGGGUGGGGAUGGGGAUGGGGAGAUGGGGGAGGAGGAGUGGGAGGACGUGUUGUUUGGGAAGUGGCCUUGGAGGGUUUGGAAUCGACAUUGGUGGUGGUGGCAGGUCGAGACGAAGCUCUGCUGCUGCUGUACGGACGAGUCAGACGAGGAGAUUGAAUGA